GUGACAAACUUAAGAUGAAAGUGUCCAUUUUUUCCAAUUUUCCAAAAAAAUAUUUUAUAUAAAACUUUAAGUAACCUGAGGCAUUAAACGUCCAAAAUAGACCAAAAAAUAUUUUACGGCAAUGGGACAAUAGGGCUAUUUUCUGUUCUAUUUUAGCAAAUUUUCCAUAAUUUAUUGUAUAUACUUUCACUAUUUUAAUCUGAAAUUCCAGUAUCCAAAUUAUAGAACUAGGGUGUAUUGAAUCUGAAAUUUGAAGUGAUUUGAUUUUUGAUGAGUUUUCAAAUGAUUGUAGGAAAAUAUGAGAAUUUGGUUUGAUUUUUGUUAAAUAACUCUAGAAUCCCAUAUAAAACCAUGAGAUUUGGAUUUUUAUUUUUAUAACUAAAGAAUUACUCUCAAACACUCUAGAAACACUUAAAGCACUUUAAAAUCUCUAACUUAAAUUUUGUUCAAUAACAGUGGAUUUCGGAGUGUAUUAUAAAAUAACAAGUUCAAUAACACUGGAUUUCAAAGUAUUUUUUUAAAUCCAUGUUUGAAUAACAUUGGAUUUGUCAUUUUAAUACAAAUCACUUCAAACUCCAAAUUGAAUACACCUAACUCUUUUAAACUUUUAAGAAAUUUUUGUAAUUUUGUAUUUCUGUAAGAAAAUUAGAGAACAUAUUGGGCUUUUUUGUCAACAUAAAAUUCACUCUAGAAUCCUAUAUAAAACCAUGAGAUUUGAAUUUUUAUUUUUAUAAUUAAAGAACUCCUCUCAAACACUCUAGAAACACUUAAAUUACUUUAAAAUAUCUAACUUAAAUUUUGUUCAAUAACAGUAGAUUUCAGAGUGUAUUAUAAAAUAACAAGUUCAAUAACACUGGAUUUCAAAGUAUUUUUUUAAAUCCAUGUUUGAAUAACAUUGGAUUUGUCAUUUUAAUACAAAUCACCUCAGACUCCAAAUUGAAUACACCCUCCUGACUCUUUUAAUCUUUUAAGAGAUUUUUGUAAUUUUGUAUUUCUGUAAGAAAAUUAGAGAACAUAUUGGGCUUUUUCGUCAACAUAAAAUUCACUUUCCUGAAAAGAAAAUCCUAUUGUUUGACCAAAACUAAAACCUAUUAGCGAAAUUGCUUUUACAAACGUUAUAAACCUCUCUCUCUCUAUGUCUAUGUCUCUCUCUCUCUCUCCAAAUUUGAAUUACGAUGGAGUUCAGAUACAGAGCCAUCGACAUCGAUCGGCCACCUCCUGUGAAAGACACGGCCCCAUCUCAGUCUCUGAAUCCAAACUAUUCCUUCUUCUCGGUACUACCAAUCCCAAUCCCAGGAUGGAACAUAAUACCAGGAUGGGACUAUGUUCAACGAGAGAUUGAGAAGGAGCAAAUCCGUCGUGAGAUCAUUGCAGCUGAAACUGCGAGAAGAAAAGAGCUUAUAGCUGAGGUUGCACAGGAGAUGGCCAUCGAGAGAGAAAUGGCGAUUAAAUGUAUGGCAGAGAAGGAGGAUAAGAUAGCUAUGUGGAUCACUCAAAGGAAGCUUCCACAUCAGAAACACAACAACAACUUUUCUAAACUGAAGCGUACUUACAGUGAUCCUGCCAUCUACACAAGGCCCAACAGUCUAGUUACAUCACCAAUGAAGCAAAUGCCUCCACUACAGCAAAUGCUUGAGGCUACAGCAGCUAAGGAAACGCCAGUUUUGGAGUCUAACAAGGACAAGUUGAUUAUAUUGGAUAGGCCUGAUCCUAUCGGAGGGGAUGCUAAAACUCGUCUUGGAAGAGCUAAGCGUAAGGCAAAGGAUGUUGAGGGAGGUUUGAACGAACCUUCUAAAAGGAAGAGGCUGUUUAAGUUUUGGUGCGACCUUUGUAGUGUUGGGGCCUGUAAUGAAACAGUCAUGAGGAAUCAUGCGUUAGGAAAAAAACAUAAAGCUGCUAUUAAAAAGCAGCCUGAGAAGACGGCUGCUUCAACCUCCGUCAUCAUAGCUCCUGCUUCCCUUGCAGCUCCACAAUCAGAAGCUGUUACAGUAGUGGCAAAUACUCAGCUUCAGAAAGUGGAGGAAGUGGCGGCGAAAGAAACUGGAAAGAAGAUAGAAGGUGAGAAGAAAAAGUCGGUAAUGGUUCGGUGCGAAGCUUGUAACAUUGUGACGUAUUCUGAGAAUGUGAUGGAGACUCAUAAGCUUGGGAAAAAACACAAGGCUAUGCUUAAGAAACAUUAUUCUGAGCAGUUGCUGGAGAUUCACAGGCUUGAGAAAAGAGCAUCUACAGUCACAGUGAAAUCUUUAGAUGCUGAUCCAAGCGAGGAAGAAUCAAUGGUUCAUUUCUUGGAAAAAGCCUCUAGCUAGCUGAUUUAGCUACCAAUAUCAUUACAGUUCCAGUGACAUAGAAGGUUAUAUAUAUGGAAUCAGAGAUUUAAAUUUCAUUUAGCUAUGAAGAAAGUGUUUCUUUUUUUUAAUGUAUUUUUUUAGUUAUAUUUGGAAUCUUGAAAUAGAGAAACCAAUGCCAUUAGAGAGACUUGAAUAUGUGUGUUGAAUGGGAAUCAUGAUCCCCCAAUAUUUUGCUCCAGUUCCCAA